AUGGCGAUGACCCACGAGUGGAAACACAGUCAAAACUUCAUGCUUACCAUGAAUGUCAAGGAAGAAGAACUCUCUGACCCUGAGUAUGUUCCGCAAGAAAAUGAAGAAGAAGAAGAAGAAGAAGAAGACUAUUUGAGUGUUUCCCAGUUAUCUCUCCGCAGCCGCCGAAGAACCCAUCAUUCUUCCCCUUCGGUAAAGCAGAGGGAGCCAUGGAAGACCAAGAAAAAUGUGCUCAACACUCGGAGAAGUCCUUUAAGUUCGACCCAUAUGACCAAGCGAAAAGUUCCUGGGGAUCCUCGGAAGCAUGUAGGCUGUAAACGGAAGAGAACCAUGUUUGAUAAUUUUAACGAACAUGAAAAGUCUUCUGCCAGCACCCAAGUUGAGGAGAUCCAGGCAAUUCUUGGAGCUGAAUACCCCAUCGUUGUUAAGUCUAUGAUACAUUCAAAUGUUUCCUCUUGGAAUUGCCUGGUGUACAUAAUGGGAAGACAUAAUCUAGCUGAAGUAGAUGCAGCUUUUAGCCUCUUGAAAUUGAAUGCCUGCGCCAAACAUGAAGUGCUUGAGGAAAACCAUCCAAAGCCUCUUUCAAGUGAUGUUUGCCAAGGCAACACUCGAAAGACAAGUCUGAUGUUAGAUACUAAGCCUGAGCUUAUAGAUAAUCAAACUGAGGAAGACAAUGAGAAAUUUGGCUCAAAAUUUCCAGGAGGCAUUAGAUAUCCAGUACCAGCAGCUGAUUUUGAAGAUGUUAGAAGCAUUGAGAAUUUCACCAUUCUUGUGAAUGGUGUGACUAUAGAUUCUUGGCUUUCCAAACAGCUCAGGACUAACUAUUACGAACUAUGCUGCUCACGAGGUUCAUUUCUGCAUGAUCAUCUCCUCAAAAGUAUUAACAGUAAGUUGGCUGCUGAAAUAAUAAGUGAAACUACUAACAUUGCUAAUGCCAUUAGAGCUCGCAAGCUGUCCGCCUCUCAUGCUGAUUACGAAAUGUGGGAGAAGACUUUAAAUGCCUUUGGGCUGUUGGGUAUGGAUGUUGGAUUCUUACAUGCGCGACUGAAGCGGCUUCUGAGUCCUUCCUUCAGAUCAGAAGAGGCUGUGGAAUUAAAGAGGAUAGAAGAUAAAGUUGAGCAAAUUUGUGCAGGGGGGAGAUGA